CCAAGCACCUCUCCCGUCUUUUCUCAUAAUCGGAGUCGUUGCCCGAACCGUUCGGUCUUCUUCUCUCUUCCAAGACCAAUUCGCGCAAUUAUCCGUAACUUUGUCUACGUUGAUAGAAGAUAGUCACCGCUGAGGCAGAAGCAAAACAUGGGCGGCGAGGAAGUAGUGGGUGUUACCACCGGCCAGCCAAAUCUCUACAAGCAGGACUUGUCGAAGCUCGAUGUUAGUAAAUUAACGGCAUUGUCACGUGAGGUGAUCAGUAGACAAGCUACAAUCAAUAUUGGUACUAUUGGACAUGUAGCACAUGGAAAGUCGACGAUUGUAAAAGCCAUUUCAGGAGUGCAAACUGUUCGUUUUAAAAAUGAACUAGAAAGGAACAUUACUAUUAAACUCGACGCAGUGGCUUGUGGUAGCAGCAGCAAAUCAGCAGAUAUACCCGGCAGCGUAGAUAGCGAAACGCCGGCCGUUUAUCAAAAACGACAUCUCUCCCCUGGAAGCAUGUUUGACGCACCAUGCGCCAAGCAGUCCAGACUCGAGACAAGAGAGAGCCGCAACAUCAAUAUAUCCCAUGGACUGGACAACAGAAAUACUUUCCGCACCGUCUCAUCAUCAUCAUCAUCAACAUCAACAUUAUCAUCAUCAUCAUCAUCAUCAUCAUCAUCAUCAUCGAGGCAUCUGCGAGCGCACCGAAGAAUCAUCACGCAACAGGCACUCGUGGCACACGAUGGCGGAUCUCGUGUAUGUAACGGAAGUAUGAGAGAUCCAGGUAGCGAUGGCCGACAGUCCGACUACGAGGAGUCGUCGUCUGAUGGUAGAUCGUCCGCACGAGACGACAGUCUGAUAUCUCGUGAGUUCGAACUAAAAGACUUACGAGUGUUGUUGUACGAUAUCAAACACACUGAGAAUAAUCGUGAAUUAUCAACACUUGGCGAGUCCUCUACUAGGUCUAGCAAGCAGAACAAGCUUUGGGAAGUAGAGAAGAUCCUACAAAAGCGCGAGCAGAAUGGCGAGCCGUCCUAUUUUAUCAAAUGGAAGAAUUGGGAUUAUAAAUACAACACGUGGGAGCCGUUGCGCAAUCUCAUUAAUUGUGAGGAUUUGUUGCGUGAGUUUGAGGAUGAAAGGCAGAAGUUGAUCAACCGGUUCAAAAAGAAAACAAACUUUUAUCCAACUGUGCGCGACGUCGAGGAUUUUCUGGCCCAAUUAUUUUCCAAGGGCAUAUCGAUCGAUGACGCUACAUCAGCUGCCGCCACCGCUGCCACCGUUGCCGAGGACAAUGUAUACAUAAAUAUUGGGCACUAUUUGAAUAGACCGUCUCGUAGCGGCAAACUGGAGAUAAAGAUAAAACGACAGCUCGUGCACAUGCUUCUGCAGGAGUUGCGGCGUGACCAGCUCGAGUUGCUACAAGACUGGGAAAACGAAAUGAACAGUAUCACGAAGAAAAAACCGACGAUACGUGUGGAGAACCUGGUGGAUCUGGAGGGCGCGCCGCAGGACUUUUAUUAUAUAAACAAUUACCUGCCGGGCGCAGGCAUCAUAAUACCGGAUGAUCCGCCGAUCGGUUGCGAGUGCGACAGCUGCGAAACCGGUAAAAAGUCCGGUUGCUGCUUCGCGCAGAACGGCGUGACGUCGUUGCCGUAUACGUCGGCAUGCCGGGUACGCGUACCUCCUGGUACACCCAUCUACGAAUGCAACAAGCGCUGCGCCUGCGACGCGCUGACUUGUCCGAAUCGUGUGGUGCAACGCGGCAGCGACACGCAGCUGUGCAUCUUCCGCACGGACAACGGUCGCGGUUGGGGUGUGCGCACUUUACGCGCGAUCAAGAAGGGCACCUUCGUCAUUCAGUACGUGGGCGAGGUGAUUAGUAGCGAGGAAGCGGAGAGACGCGGCAGACAGUACGACGUGACCGGUCGUACGUAUCUCUUUGAUCUCGAUUACAACGAGACCGAUGGCCAGUGCCCGUACACCGUGGACGCCGCCAUGUACGGCAACGUCUCUCAUUUCAUUAAUCACUCGUGCGAUCCGAAUCUCGCGGUCUACGCGAUCUGGAUCAAUUGUCUAGAUCCGAAUCUGCCGAGUCUCGCGCUCUUCGCCAUCAAGGAUAUUAAACAGAAUGAGGAGCUGACUUUUGAUUAUACGUGUCAGACGCCGCGCGGCAGUAACGAGAAGAUGCAACAGCAGCUACUGGAUAACGAACCGGACGCCAAGAAUAUCUCGAAGAAUAGAAUUCUCUGUAAAUGCGGCGCCGCAACGUGCCGGCGAUAUUUAUUUUAAUGUUUCUUUUGAAGUAUAUGUAAUUAUUAUGAGAUGUCUGCCACAACGUGGCUCAAUUGUUAGCCCCGAUUAAGUCAAGUUUAAUCUUUUUUCCUUGUAUAUAUUAUCGAGCUAGCAACGAUUGUAAUUCGAAAAGAGAAAGAAAGCAUUCAAGCUUAGGAGUAGUUCAUCUAGAUUGGGAUAAUGUAAUCAAAUCUUAUAGUAUCUCGAAAUUUUUAUAUUAUUAUCUUUUUAAAUUCAGUUUUUCUUUUUGAGUUGAGUUAUGACUGCCAGCAAAGAUGCGAAAAAUUUUAAACACAACUCACAAGUUUGAUUGCAUAAAAUCGCAAUGUUUAUUAACAAAGUUACGAAUAGUGUUCUUUUGAUUACUGUGUAUUAAUUCUCGAUUCCAAUUACUUUUGAUUACUGUGAAUUAAUACUCAAUUCUUAGUACCUUUGUAUUUGUUGACAUUCUUAACUUGUUUAUUUUGCAUUAACUUUUGCAUUACUUUCCUAUCAUUUCACACUUGUUACUUGACAAUGGAUGUGAAAUUUAUUUCGCAUAUUAGAUUGCUGUAGGCUAGGUAAGUUGAAAGAUAUAAAUACUAAAAAUAAAGAAAUUAUUUGGCCCAGUUUAAUUAAAAAUGGAUUGUAAUUAAUUAGUCAAUCUUGUAACAAUAUAUCAUAUGAUUCAAAUAAGACAGUAAGAGAAAAAUGUAGAAUUAUAAGAUAUUUCAAAGAC